CAAAUUCCAAAUUCCAAAUACCAAAUCUUAUUAGCCCUUUUUCACUAAACGAGUGACGACUCACGACCACUCCAUUCUUUCAUGGACCCCUUCCCCACGCUUGAUCUAUCUGAAGGUUCAUUUAAAGGCCGUAGCUAGAGGAAACCCAUAUAGAGCAUGCGGAGAUGAACUCUAUGAGUGGUUGUUUGAGCUUGAGCUUGUGUUUGAGUUUGUUCUGUACCCUUUCUUCAAUUUUCCUUAAUUUGGGUCUCUGCCUCGCUGCCGCCAUUUCCAAACCCACUUAUGUUGAUACUUACUGUACAGCCUCAAGAGAUUAUUAUACUAACGCAACCAACAUCCCAAUUGCAGAAAACGGCGACCUUCUACUCUCUUAUCUAUCUUCAAACGCUUCUUUAUCCAUCAACAAUGGAUUCUACAGCCUCACGGUUGGCCAAAAUAGAGAUGAAGUCUAUGGUUUAUUCCUCUGCAGAGGCGAUGUUGAACACAGCACUUGCCAAGAUUGCGUUGAAACCGCAGUUGUAGAGGUCAGACAACGUUGUGCAGCUAACCAACAAGCCAUUACAUGGUAUGAAGAGUGUAUGGUGAAGUAUAUCUAUAGUCAUUGGGGUGCUAGUUGGUGGUUUCCCUAUUCUUAUAGAUGGGAGAGCAGAAAUGUUUUAAACCCAAAUGGGUUUAAUCAGACAUUGAUUAAUUUGAUGAAAAGUCUUGCAACAAUGGCUACCAACUCUUCUUCUUCCUCUAGAAUCAAAUAUUUCGCAACUGGAGAAGCAAAUUUUUCAAGUUCUGAAAAGAUAUAUGGGCUGAUGCAGUGUACUCGUGAUCUUUCUCCAAGUGAUUGUCAGAAAUGCCUGAGAAAUGCUACUGAUUACAUUUCCAUUACAUUUAAUGGGAGUUCAGGUUUGGGUGUUUAUUAUCUCACCUGUGUUGCAAGGUAUAGUGAUCGUCCUUUCUAUUCCGCUGCAUCAGAUCCUUCAUUAACAGGAAAAGGGAGGAAUUCAUUUCGAACUAUUUUCAUUAUUGUUAUUCCCGUGGUUACUACAGUGAUACUUUUUCUUAUCAUUUUUAUCUUCAUACAAAAGAGGAAGCCAAAGUCAGAAGAUUAUGUUCUAGGCGAGAUUACUAGGGGGGAUACUUUGCAAUAUGACUUCAGUGCAGUAAAAGAUGCUACCAAUGACUUCUCUGAUGUAAAUAAGUUGGGUGCUGGUGGAUUUGGUGCUGUUUACAAGGGUAAGCUUUCAAAUGGAUAUGAGGUAGCUGUGAAGAGACUCUCUAGAAAUUCUACACAAGGUGAAGUGGAAUUCGAAAAUGAGGUUGCUUUAGUAGCCAAGCUGCAACACAGGAAUCUUGUUAGAUUGCUAGGCUUCUGCUUGGAAGGAAAACUGUUGAUCUAUGAGUUCGUCCCCAACAAAAGUCUUGAUUACUUCUUAUUUGACCCAAUCAAACGUGCAGACUUGAAUUGGGAGAUGCGCUAUAAAAUCAUAGAAGGGAUUGCACGAGGUCUUCUUUAUCUUCAUGAAGAUUCUCAAUUCAAGAUUAUUCAUCGCGAUCUUAAGCCUGGCAAUAUUUUACUUGAUACCAAAAUGAACCCGAAGAUUUCGGAUUUCGGCCUGGCUAAACUUGUUGAAAUUGGUCAAACUCGAGAUAAAACAAAAAAAAUUGCCGGUACCAUUGGAUAUAUGGCCCCAGAGUAUGCUAUAAAGGGUCGAUUUUCUGUGAAGUCUGAUGUUUAUAGCUUUGGAGUUAUUUUGCUCGAGAUAUUAAGUGCGAAAAGAGUUAACAAUUUCUACCGUGGGGAAGAUUCUCAAAAUCUCCUUGGAUAUGCCUGGAGACUCUGGCAAGAAGGCAAAGGUUUGGAGUUUCUAGACCCUUUGUUGAGAGACUCAUGUCCAACAACUGAAGUUUUGAGAUGCCUACUUGUAGGGCUUUUGUGUGUUCAAGGAGAUGCUGAAUGUAGACCCACCAUGUCAUCUGUGAUUUGGUUGUUGAAGCAGACACUUGACACACUCCCUCAGCCCAGAGAACCUGCGUUUUUUAUGGGGAGAACAAGACUUCAAGGAAACAGGACUCCUUUGGGUUCAAAAGUCCAUUCAGUAAUCGAGGUCAUUCUUUCUGGUUUUUCAGGCCGAUGAGGAAUUCGUGGGGUGUAGUUUGUAGCUCUAACUUGCAAUUUAAUUGUUGUAAAUGUGAAUGGUAUUCUGUGAAACACAAUUUUUCUAUUUAUUGGUGUAUUUGGCGAAAGGGUAUGAGGUGAUGUUUAAAGAGGAGAAGUUCAAAUCUUUAUAUAUGAUGGUUAGAUAAGAUAUGGUGGAUAGUAUGGACAAGGAAGGGAUUGAAGGAUAUGCAUCUGUAUCUGUCUUUGAAAGAUUUGUGGGUGUAUAUUUUUGCUAACUUAUGUGUAGUUUCUUUUAUUUUGUGUCAAACAGUUAUGUACAAAUUCUGUACUAAUGUUGUAUUUUUUAAGUGUAAUUAUUAUGAAGUUAUUGCUGGAGAAGUAGUUAUCAGAGAGUUAUUACUGUGGAGUAAUUAUUGGUGGAGGGGGCUUGAAAAGACUGUAUUCUAAGAUGGAAAAUAAUGUAAAUAUGUUGGAGCUUGUGAUCUUUUCCCAUUC